AUGACAGUUGUCUGUCUUAAAGGAUAUGUUCUUCCUCACGGAAAUAUUCGAUCGACCGAUGUAGCAAAAAAAAUAGCGCUAUGUGAAACGUGGCAUGGCGCCGAACCAGAUCCAUCAAUAUUUUUGGAACAAACACGAAAGUGUCCCUGUCACGUACCAGCAAAAUUUCCAAAGGAAUUUAAUGACGGCUCUAAAAUAUGGAAAACAGAUCCAGCCUGUAUAGCAAGUCAGCACCCAAAUACAUGUAAGUAUCACAAAGGUGCGCAUGGAUGCUAUCGCUUUGCAUAUAAAAGCACGGGACCUGGUGCUCAAUGUUGUUAUGACAAAAAUGGUGUUUGGAUAAAGGAUCCACAUCAAGGUGCUGGCACAUUGGAUCGCGAACGAGCACCGGACAGCUUUUUCGAUUUAUCUCAAUUGGCUGCACACCAUCGCCAUGAUGUAGUACCAUGGGAAAAUUGUUGUAAAGAUCCAGCUGUACCAAGAGACAUUUGUCAGCUGUACUUUGACAAGCGACCACCGGGUGCAUGCGUAAAAUAUGCAUUUUGA